AAAUGCCAUAAAGUCCCAUUCACAACAUAAAAACCCCACAGGAAAAGAGAGUGAGCUCCUUUUGCGCAUAUUGCCCCAACCUUUGGAUUUCAAACAGAGACCCACACAGAGAAUUCAAGAUUUCGGUUUCUGGGGAUUAUUUGUGGUGAAAAUGAGUCCAGCGUUGACAAUUCUUAAACUUUCUCUCCUUCUUUACUGUGUUUCUGAACUUGGAGCCAUCAGGUUGCAGUCGAGCCCACAGGCCAAUGGAGGCUGGAUCACAACAGAGCUGGAGGAGACAGUGUCUCUCACCUGCCUGGUGGAAGCGGGCGAUCCAGAGAAGGAGCUGGAGUGGUUCCGGAAUGGGGCUUUAGUGAAGCUGCAGGAAGGGAACCGACUGGAGCAGAGCAGCCUCUGCAUUAACCCCGUGUUCAAGGAGGACAACAGUGCCAUUUUCACCUGUCAGCUGAGGACGGACGCCAGCUCCAACGCCUCAGUGCAGCUGGACGUGCUAUUCCCCCCAGAGCUCUCCGGCCACGACACCGUGCUGGUGGAGGAGGACAGCGACGCGGUUUUGACCUGCAACAUCCAUGCCAACCCCCAAGUGAACGUAACCUGGCUACGGGACGAAGCAGAGCUGGACAUGGAGAGCGGGGGCUACGUGCUGUCUCAGAGCGCGACGGAGGCUCGGCUCUCCAUUUACAAGAUAAAGCGCAGUCUCCACCAGGGAACAUACAGCUGUGUCACCCUCUCCUCCAAAUACGGGAAAAUAACCAAGUCAUUCCAGCUAACCGUGGAAGAUAAGACCAUGAAGUUCCCCUUGGGCCCCAUCAUCGCUGGGGUAGUGGUAGUAUUCUUCACUGUUGUUCUGGCCUUUAUUUCAAGGUGGAACAGAAUCAAGCAGUGCUGUAAGUAAGAGAGCUUCCCCAAUAAACUGACAAAAAGCCUAUGGAUUUGAGCCAUCGAGCUCUGAGGAGAUGAACCUUUGGAAAUUAUGCUGGAGAAACUACUGAAGAGCUCAAGCAGAUGUGAUGCAAGACACAACAUCCUCUGAGCCUUAGACAUGGAUAUGAGCAGGCCUUUAGUAAGCAAUUAAAGAAGCAAACACUGAAAAAUCCUGUCAGAUCUGUAAUUGCAUUGAUUCGAUUUUAUUUUUUUCUCUAUGAAAUAGCAGGCUUGCAGGAAGCACUGCCAUCUGUGAGAGACACAAGUCCCAGGUGAAAUUUAUGUACUCCUGAUAAACCUUUGUCCUACUACAACAUAACAACUCAACACAUAAAAUUAUUGUGCAAUGGUCCUCGAAUCCCAUUCCACAAAAGUUACACAUUGAUUGUCACUGUGCAUGGGACAGAGGCACACCUGACAGACAUAUUUCAGUGCCAGAGGAAUAAAACCAUUAAAUCUGUUAAAGAUUGAUGCUUUAGAAGGACAUACUCAAGGACUAUGAGACACUCAACACACAUGUCAUUUCUACUGAAUUCCCGCAGCAAGGAAAUCAAUAACCAGAGAGCAAUGAUACACGCACGUCACAGUGCACAGGAUACUGUAGACACGGCGUACAGUACUUUUAUGUGCAAUUCAGGUACAAUUAAUUCCUUUGGCCAAACACAGUGUGUCCCAUCUGGUGUCAUGAUUCAUUUAAUCAGCUUAUUGGAUAAAUCAUAACAUUCCAUCAUGUUCAUAUGCACUGCAGUGUAGUUCCCUUCAUAAAACAAUUCCGCUCAUAUUCCAGCAUCAGUUAAGAGCAGCUGCUUUGCUGAUGCACAGAUGUACAUCUAGAAGGGCUGAUAAAGGAUACUGAUGACUUUGCUGAUAAACUGAAUUUAUAUAAAUUUGGAAUGAUUAGUGGGUCUGUACAGCAAUUCCUUUGGACUGAUAGAUGCAUGUCAUUUUUCUCGUAUGUGCUGUUAAUCCUUCUGUAUGUACACUUUAACAGUUAAAUAUAAUUAUUUAAACAUG